UGUCAGUCACCCGUGAAUGUUACUAAUAAGGACAUUGUACAUUUUGAAACAUAACAGAAAUGGGGAAUAAUAUAGUUGUUUUGCUACUGUCUGUAAUUGUUUUGCUUGGUGCAUUAUAUGUACAUAAAGUGGAACAAAAUAUAGUCCAAAUAAAAGACGAGUUACUUCAACACGGAAAUGAAAUAAAGAAAGUGAAGGAAGAAUUGGAAUCGAUCAACAAGGCACUUACACAAGUGAAAGUAGAAUUGAAAUCGAUGAAAAACGAACUUACACAAGUGAAAGUAGAAUUGAAAUCGACGAGCAAGGAACUUAAACAAGUGCAAGUAGAAUUGGAAUCGACUAAAAUUGAACUUAAACAAGUGAAAGUAGAAUUGGAAUCGACUAAAAAUGAACUUCAACAAGUGAAAGUAGAACUGGAAUCGACGAGAAAUAAACUUGCACAAGUGAAAGUAGAAGUGGAAUCGACGAGAAAGGAACUUACACAGGUGAAAGUAGAAUUGGAAUCGACUAAAAAUGAACUUAAACAAGUCAAAGUAGAACUGGAAUCGACGAGAAAUGAACUUAAACAAGUGAAAGUAGAACUAGAUACGACGAAAGAGCAAAUUAAUAUACUUCGUAAAGAAAUGAUACAAAAGGAAAAUGCUCACAAGAAAGAAAUAAAUCAAAUUAGAGCAGACGUAAAUACGUUACGUGAAGAACUAAAUAUGAUUAAAACAGAUUUAAGGGACAGAGUUUUAGGAAAAUUUGAUCAAGAGAAAAAUGAAGAGGAAGGAUUUAGGCAUGGAGGUAAAAGAUGUCGAGGAAAACACAAACAUCAUAAACAUCAUAAACAUAACAGACGCUGAAUCAAAGAAGGGAUAUGCAAUAGAAAUGGCCAGAGGGGUUCAGAGACUACAAUUCAUUUUCACGAAAAAAUUAAGAAUAAACUCACAGAUUGUUUGUAUUUAUUUGCCAGAUCACAUAUUGGCCAUAUGAGCUUUUGUCAUAACCUAUUAAAGA